AUGCAUCAAGGUGACUCAUGCAUCCCCGGGCAGACUGUACCUCGAUUGUUGAUAUUUCAAUUCGACUUAUUACCUCGACUGUACCAGUAGUACUGGACAAAUGAAUGCACCUUGGGCACUCUCAAAACACGAUAAGCUAACGUCACACGUCUUAGAUAUCAUGACAUUUAAAAUUGUUGGUUAAAUUUUUUCGCUCAUCAAUAAAAUAAAAACAAAUCACAGGGAUUAGCUGAGUGGACACUGGAGUGGUAAAGAAGAUGAGGCAGUGAGUGGCAUUGGAUGGGUGGAUUUUUCGUCUUGAAUUUUUGACAAGAAGUCAGUGAUUAUCGUCACUACGAUGGACGUCGACAAUGACUUUGAUCAGCAUUUGCUGCAGCAGUUCAGUUGCAUGGGGACGACCGAUAAGGAUGAUCUGGUGAAGCAACUGCAGAGGUUACUGGCGGGCAGCCAGCUCAAUGAAGCGACAGCCACGUUUUUCCUGGAUAUGAACAAUUGGAACCUCCAAGCAGCAAUAUGCAGUUACUUCGAUUACGAGUCACCGUUCAAACUCCCGUGCAUGACACUCCUCUGUGACAGUACGAUUGGCGAGGGUGAAUCAGUAUCACCAAAUACAAAAUUUCGUAAAUCAUGGCGUGUGCAAAACUCGGGCACCGAGCCAUGGCCAGAGGGCAUUUGUUUACUGCACACCGGUGGUGUUGUUAUGGGUGACUGCACGAGGGUAGAAGUGCCAGCAUUACCACCAAAGGAUACAACUGAAUUGAGUGUCGUUUUGACGAGUCCCAGUGAAUUGGGAACGUUUCAGAGUAAAUGGAGAAUGAUGACUGCUUCUGGAUCCUAUUUCGGGGAUGUUAUUUGGGUGAUUGUGACCGUAAGUGAAGCAGGCACACUGGCUGUAACUCAGCAGCUGCAUCAGCUAAGUACUUCACAGUCGAAUGAUGUACAAAUGUGCUAG